GCAGCUUUCAAGGCUCAUUUGGAAAAGAGUACUGCUACAGUCAAAGGUCGUUUGGAAAAGGUCUGGACUUGGCAUUUGGAAAAUGGGAGGUAAAAAAAGUACCCCAGUGACCCCAGUGACCCCAGUGACCCCAGAGGAGAAAAAACCAGAGCUCCUUGGUAACCCAUGGAGGAAUGUUGCGUGGGACCAUAGCAACAAAACCAAACUCAUGCAAUCCCUGAGAGAGUACAAGCCAACUAUUCGUUCAGUGCCUCAGGCUCAGAUUCUUCUAAUUGGUGCAGUUGGUGCUGGAAAAUCGAGCUUCUUCAACUCCAUGAACUCUAUCUUCCGUGGAAACAUAACAGGCCGAGCUAAAGCAGGACACCAGGACACCAGCCUCACCUUGAAGUAUCGCACUUACCAGGUGAAGGCGGGCCGAGGUGGACAGCCUCUGGCAUUCCUACUGUGUGACACCAUGGGACUGGAGCCAACAGUGAAUGGAGGGCUGAACAUUGAAGAUAUUGUGGGCAUCCUGAAAGGCUACAUACCAGACAAGUACCAGUUCAACCCUUUAUCACCAAGGCAACCUGGUAUUGGUCAGGCGACAGGUCAAUUGGCAUUUAAGGACAAGAUACACUGCGUGGUGUAUGUGAUAGAUGGUUCAUCACCUGGACUUCUGCACCCAGACACAAGGAAGAAAGUGGAUGAUAUCCGAAGGAAAUCUGACUUUCAAGAUGUCCCUCUAGUAGUGCUACUGACCAAAGUGGACAAAGCAUGUCCUCAUGUGGAAAAGGAUUUGAAGAACAUGUACCACAGCUGCUACAUAAAGGAUCUGAUCUACAGAGCUGGCGGUUCUCUGGGCAUCCCACCGUCAAAUGUGAUUCCAGUGAAGAAUUACUAUGACGAGAUUGAGCUGAAUGACACCUGUGACAUCCUGCUCCUCAUGGCUAUGAAGCAAAUGCUCAACUUUGCUGACAAUUAUUUGGAAAACUAUGAGGUAAACACAGAGUAGAUGAGUUUAUCAUAUUGAGGGGUUGUGCCAUUGCCUUACUCUGUCCAUGUCCUUGUGUUUUACGCCACAAUUUAGGUCCCUGUAAACCUGCAUUAGGCUAUUUCUGUAACUUUCCUGACACACAAACCUUUUCAUAACCUGGAUUGGAUGAAUUGUCUUUUCACGUGAAUAUGAAUGAUGCUCAAAUAUAAUCCAAUAUAUAAGAUAACCAAGUACACACUGUAAUCCUGCACUAGAUUAGAUGCUAUGCUAAUAAAAUGACCUGAUGUUUCCAGCA